AUAACAUGAGUCCUCAGUAUAAUGUGUUUUCUUAGAUCAAAGGGAGGAAAAGUCUCUCUACACCUGGAAACCAGCUGUCCUGUGACCAGAGAGCUACUGGAUUUCUUUGAGCUCUUUUAUGUUCUAUCUUCUUGUGGCAUCAGAGUUGAUGAACACCCGUUGAGUAUUCUCAUUGAAAGCUCAGAUAACUAUUCCCCUGUCAAAACACACAUUGUUUUAUCCACUCCUCCGAAGUGUAGGAACUGACCUGUGCAUUCUGGAAGGUGAGGAAACUUUACUAAACCUUGUAUGGUGGCUUCCUGAGGAUUCUUCUGCCUCUUAGAAGUUGGACUAAUGCUUAUGGAUAUCAUCUUUUAUCACUUUAAAAAUGUUCUUAAAUGAAGAAUUAGCCCUGCUGCUCCUAUUUAUGAACUCCUUGAGCGAGGGGAAAAAGAAACUUUCCCAGAUUUUAAAUUUGCUGGCCUCAAUGUCUACCCUAGAAUACUGGGUAGACAUUGAGGGCAUCACAUUUUAAGAAGACUGACAGAGAGGAGGUGAGGAUUUUGAGAAGAGUGCCUAGAAUGAAAGUCCCAGAAUAGGUAUAUUUUACCUGCUAAUGAGAAAACAUGAAUCAGGAGAGGUAGGAAACAGCCAGUAGAUCAACAAUUGUCCUUUAGGUUUCAGUUAUUUCUAGGCCUGUAAAGUCAUCUUCUUACCAAAAAUGAAGAUGACUUAGAGCACUUACUGAUGAAGGACAAAGAUGACAGCUUUCAAUAUGAAUUGAUCAUGAAGAAUAUCAGCAUUCUCACGACUGGACACAUAAACAAUAUCAUGCUAAAUGGUGAAGAAAUUGAAGUUGUCAAGGAUUUCAUUCUACUUAGAUCAACAAUCAGUGCCCAUGGAAGCAACAGUAAAGAAAUCAAACGAUGCAUUGCUUUGGGCAAAUCUGCUUCAAAAGACCUCCUUUUAGAGUCCAAAAGCAAAGACAUCACAUUGAUAACUAGGGUAUUCCUGACCUAAGCCAUAGUCUUUUAAGUUGCCUCAGAUGCAUGCAAAAGCUGCACAAUAAUAAAGGAAGACCCAAGAAGAAUUGAUGCAUUUGAAUUGUGUUGUUGGCAAAGAAUAUUAAAUAUAUCAUGGACUGCCAGAAGAACGAAAAAAUCAGUCUUGGAGGAAGUGUAGAUAGAAUGCUCCUUAGAAGUGAGAAUGGUGAGACUUCAUCUUACUUUGGACACAUCCUCAGGAAAG